CGUCUCGAAGACUUGCGACGAUGGAAGCACUCAUCGGUCAAGUCCAUCUGCCGGCGGACAUCCAGAGCAUGUCGGAGCGGGACUUCCUUGCAAAGACCAACGUCGAGCUCGCCUUUGGCCUGACGCGCGACGAAGCCAUUGCUCGGCGGCUUUUGCACGGCGUCAACCGCGUGACGCCACCCGUAAACUGUCCAUCGUGGGUCUGCUGCCUGCUGCCAUGUAUUCUCCGGACAGAGACAAUGCGACUAUACACGGCCAACUGCCCGAAGGAGGUUACCGUCGUUCGCAGUGGCAAAAAGCUCUGCAUGGACGCCGCCAGCCUCGUCUUUGGCGACGUUGUCAUGUUUAAAGCUGGAGACGUCAUCGCAGCCGACUGCAGACUCUUGGAAUGCUCCGAAGAUUUUACGGUGGAGAUGAGUAGCCUGGCCAACGAACGCAACCCGCGGGUCGGCACCACCGAAUGCACCGACAAGGAUCAGGGCAUAUUGAGCCGCAACAUGGUGUUCAUGUCGACGACUAUCAUCAAAGGUGACGGCGUUGGCGUCGUCGUGGCCACAGGAGACAACACCAUCUGGGGCCAGCUCAUCUCGAACAACACGUGGCCGGCGGACGCAGCACAGUCAUCUGAGUCGGAUCGCUUCAUUGCGAAUAAGGUCUAGCAGCAAAUUUGCUUUACUACCUUAUGAACGAGACAAUCAACUAUGUGUGUCGUGAAUGUG